AUGAGUUUGGCGGAGUCCGACUGGGUUGUCUCUUUUGCUGGGCAUGCCUCCCCCCGCGUCUCAGCUCUGCUCUGCUCUGCGUCGGCCUUGAUCCCCCCCUUCGCCCUUCGCCAUGGCUCCCAAGAGGGGUACUCUCAAGACUCCGGUCGCAGCUCCCGUGCAGAAGAAGCAGGCUCCAGUGAAGACUGUGAACCCUCUGUUCGAGAAGAGGCCGAAGCAGUUUGGUAUUGGAGGAGCUCUUCCGCCCAAGCGGGACCUCCACCGGUUCGUGAAAUGGCCCAAGUACGUGCGCAUUCAGCGCCAGCGACGUGUUUUGAACCAGCGUUUGAAAGUCCCUCCGGCUCUGAACCAGUUCACGAAGACUCUGGACAAGAAUCUUGCCACGAGCUUGUUCAAGUUGUUGUUGGAGUACCGACCUGAGGACAAGGCGGCGAAGAAGGAGCGGCUUCUGAACAAGGCAAAGGCUGAGGCAGAGGGCAAGAGCGUGGAGUCGAAGAAGCCUGUGGUGGUGAAAUACGGAAUCAACCACAUCACGUACCUGAUCGAGCAGAACAAGGCUCAGCUGGUGGUGAUCGCUCACGACGUGGACCCGAUCGAGCUGGUAGUGUGGCUGCCGGCACUUUGCCGGAAGAUGGGCGUGCCGUACUGCAUCGUGAAGGGGAAGUCGCGGUUGGGACAGAUUGUGCACGCGAAGACUGCAACAGCGUUGUGUUUGACAGCGGUGAAAAACGAGGACAAGCACGAGUUUUCGAAGAUCAUCGAAGCAGUGAAGGCGAACUUCAAUGAGAAGUACGACGAGCAUAGAAGGCAUUGGGGCGGUGGCAUCAUGGGUGUCAAGUCACAGGCCAAGACGAAGAUCAGAGAGCGAAUUCUUGCCAAGGAGGCAGCUCAGAGAGCAACUUAGGUCGUACGUUGGUCAUUAUUGGUCUGUUAAUAUGGAACAUGCAAAUGUUUUUGAGAUUUUUUUGUUUUUACACCAGAUGAAUUAAGUGCACACCAUUCAUUAUGGAUAUUCGA